AUGACAAGUUCCCUCAAGGUCGCAAAUUAGCAUAAUGACGUAGUUCUCUAGCGAAAACCGAAGUGUUUUCCUCUUCUCUUUUCCAUUUUUCUGUUCUGUUUCUCUGCUUCUCUAUGCCUCUUGUGACGUGGCUCGUCACUCCGAAAUAGUCUGUUUUGAUUGAUUGACAAAUUACUUAUCAUCUCAAACGUAUAUUGCUUUUUUCUCAUUUAUCCAAUCCGGAAGUCUUUGAAUUAGCUUUAGGUAUUAGCUCGGCAAAUUUCUGGUAAUGUCGCUCUACCGCAAUCACAAUUUUACGUCAUAAAAGGAACAGCAAGCCGCUCUCCGUUCCAAGCCGCUUUCCGUUCUAACCUUGAAAGCGCAAGUAGUCGCAUUUCUGUACAUUUCAAAACGCAUACUGUUGUUUUCGCACCCACUCUUAUCAGUUCGACCUCAUCCGGAAACAUACUUGUUUACCCGUAAACAUGCGGUUCAGUUGUAUACAGUUACAUUAAUGAGUAGGUGUCCUCGACGCACCGCCCAUUCGAAACACUCCUUUCCUCACUUUAAUCUAUUCGUUUUCUCUCUUUCAAUCGUUUCUCUCAUAAUGCCGUUCAAGAUGUCUUCGCUGUUCGAUCGAAUCCACGAGGAGGCUCAUAACUGAAGGAGAAAAUCAAGGAGAAGAGCCGGAAAAGAAAGGCGCCGACUGCGGAAGAAGCCAUCGGAAAUCUGAAGGAUGCGGAGGAUCUUCUGGUGAAAAAACAGGAAUACUUUGAGGAACGCAUUCAGCAGGAAGUCGAGAAUGCCAAGAAGUAUAGUAAGACGAACAAGAAGAUGGCACUCGCGGCGCUCAGAAGAAAGAAGCAUCACGAAUUGGAGUUGAGCCGAAUUGACGGGGUCAGUCUUAGCUGAACAUAAAAGAUUUGAUUUUAUGAUUUUUUCAGGUUCUCACUAAACUUGAGGCUCAACGAUCUGCCCUCGAGAACGUGGGCAUCCACAACGAGGUGAUCGACGUGCUCGGAAAGACGAACGAGACGCUGAAGAAGGAGCACGCGAAGAUGGAUCUGGACAAGGUGAACGAUCUGAUGGACGAGAUCGCCGACGGGUUGGCCAUGUCCGAUGAGCUGUCCGACGCUAUUUCUGCACCAAUCGGAGACGUCGCCGACGAGGAUGAGCUGCUGCAAGAGUUGCAGGAAUUGCAGGAUGUGAGUGCUGGGGAACGAAUCGUCUGAGAGUGACAUUUUCAGAAUGUGGCCGACCUUCCCUCCACCUCCAACAUCACUCUGCCCGAUGUUCCAACCGGCCUUCCGGAUGCCCCGACUGGCGUUCUGACCCGUGGCGGACGCGCCAAAGUCCGCAAGAUGGACACAAUGGAGGAACUGGAGCAGUGGGCCGCCGCCAACUAA